AUGCAAACUGAUAUACAUGUAGAUGAUGAAGAUGACUAUGAGGCUCAGUUCAUGUAUCAGCCAAAGCCCAACACAAAUAAUAAGGGCUCUACAAAGAUAGGCCAGCAAGGUACAGCCAAUUGGAAACAGAAGCAACAACAACAACAGAUGUAUAUUGGUCAACCUGUACAAACAAAUAAUGUUGUUACCAGCUUGAUAUCACCAGAGUCUUCACCUGUGCUCCAUUCCUCAGUUCCUCAGGCAGCACGUCAACAACAAUAUAUGGAUGGCGCCACUGUUAUUAAACAGCAACAACAACAAAAACAACAACAACAACAUAUAUCGAUGGGAAAGACCAAUCAACAAAUGGCUAAUGGUGGCGCCGGUGCUGGUGGAGGAGCUCCCGAUGCUCUGAAUCCAUUCCAAAUCCUAAACGAACAUAUCCAUCGUCUUACCGCCUCAUCAGACGCUGUGACCACCCCAAAGAAGGUUGUUGAGGAACUUGAUGAACCUCAGCAACAAUAUCGCUCCAAUGACUCCUCACCAAUCGCAACAUCAUCUCACAAUGAAUUCAAUGGAGACAAAGAUCAGGAUCAACAACAGCAAAGACCACAACAACAACAAUCGAAUGUAAAGAAGAGAUCCCUUGACACAAAUGGAAUUGGUCAGCAACAACAUCAACUGCAACUUCAGCAACAACAACAACAACAAAUAGAGAAUGAAUACUCAAGCGACAAUAGUCCAGUAAUGAGUGAUACGGUGACAGAGUGUCAUGAGAAGAUCCAUCAACAGAGAAGACAGAUCAAGGAGUUACAGAUGGCCAACUCCAACUUGGAGAAGCAAGUUGACUUCUACAAAAAGGAGCUAUUACAGUUCAAAAGUCAGAUGGCCAUGUCCAUCACUGAGAUAUUGGAUGCCAAUCAAGCAUUGCUACAACAUGGACAACUUCCACCAUCGAUCCAACAACAACAACUACAGCAGCGACUACCACAACAACAUAAUUCACCAUCCAAGUCUGUACAGAGUCCUUCGAAGCAGCCACCAAAGCAACAGGCAACAAGGCAACCAUCACAACAAGAUUUACUCCACCAGAAGCAACAACAACAACAACAAUCUCUUCACAAGUCGCCAUCCAAAUCACUGGACUCAUCUCAUUAUCUUACAGAGUAUCUAUCCAACAUUGAUGAAAGCCAACAACAUCAACUGCAGAAGCAAUUCAUGGUCUUUGAAACUGCUUCAUCGUCGUCUUCUUCCUCCUCGACGUCCUUCCCAAAGAAACAACGUCUCUCUGCCAUUGUUGCCCAACAGCAACUACAUCAACAGAUGCAGCCAGCCACAUCAUUGAGGAAGAAACAACAUCAAUGA